AUGUUGCGCGUCGUGCGGGCGCUCCGCGGCGUCGGCGGCGAGUCGCGGUGGAGGCCGGUGGGGGAACUCGACCGGCGGGGUCGCUGCAGCCUGGACGAGGCGGCGGCUGCCCUCGGGCUCGACCCCGCCUACGUCGCCGCGCUGUACAAGCCGCUGCAUUACACCUUCGCCGUGCGGGGCCAACACUACCCGGCGGAGCAGGGCCGCGUGAGCCGCCCGGGCUCACUGAGUUGCUCGCGGAGCCGCAUGUUUCCCCUGUACCGCCGCAACAACCGCCUGGACGGCCGACUGAUGCGCCUCAGUCGUCACCGCGUCUCCACGGAGUGA